AUGUCUUCGUACGAAAACCAAAUCAUUUACAACAACGACGAUAAUACUGUUUCGGUUCCUUUUGGCCGAGCAGCUGAAUGGUAUAUUGCAAACCAUCCCCUUCUAAAAAAUACACGAUUGAAAUCUCAAAGCCGAUUACAUACAACCAAAUUGAUUCGUGAAGGAUUUAUUCAAUUGUACCGUAUUGAUGGUGCAACAGAUUAUAUCGAAUGGGAAGCUUCAGGUGUAAUAAAGUCUACAAAUAGAAUUGAUGAUAUUCUGAAGCUUACAGAAAAAGGAAAAGCUCGAGUAGAAAAUAUUAAUAUGAAAGUCGAAAAGGAUAAAUUAUGCUGGUACUGGGUAAUGUUUUGUGCGAAUGAUGGAAAUAGAUGUCAACAUUUGUGUGGGGGAAUUGGCGAAUGUAUACCUAAUUGUGUGAAUUAUGAUUUACCGAAUAACUUAAAAAAUGGCAACGAUAUGCACCGAUGCUCAGUCAGAGUUUGUUCAUAUACACGUCUAUCUUACCUAAAUACGAGCCAUCCACUUCGCAUAAAGAUAGAAGGUGUGCAUUUUCCAUCUAGUGCAAUGAUGCCUGAAAUUGGCAAAAUGUCACGAAUUAAUUUAACAAGAGAAAAGAGAGACGAGAUUAUUGUUAGUCGCCGUGCAGAUCAUAGAACAACUAGGGGGAUUAAAGGAAAACUACUUGCCUCUUUUAAUAACGCUGAUGAACAUACUUUGAGAGAAGCGUUUUUGAGCAGUCGUGAAAUUUGUGAUAACAAUACGCUCAAGCGUUUCCUUACCCGCGAAGAUAGAAGACUGAAAGAUAAUACCGGCCCUUGGACAAUCCUGCACUAUUUGAUAGUGGAAGUUCUAAAGCCAAAGGGAUACGUGCUGUAUUAUCAACAACCUGACAUCUCAGCACCUGAAGAUACAACGGAUCGUUAUUAUCAGCUGACAGUCUCUGAUGAGUUUUGGUUAAGAAAUGGUCGAGACUAUGGACAGUUCUACAUCGGAAUUGAUGGAAAAUAUGAUCUGAACAUUGACCGCGCACCAGUGCUGACCAUAAUUGUUGAAAACCAAGCAAAGCAUGCCACACCGUUAGCAUUUGGUAAACAGACAGUCGUGACAUUUAUUGAAAGGCUCUAUGGAAUGAAGUUGUUGCGCGAAAAUUGUCAUGAGGAAGGAACCGGUCGGAUCACAUAUGAAGCUGGCUUGGUGACUCAAUUCAACAUGCAGUCUAUAGAACAGGCAAGUAAAACGUUAAACGGAAAGAGUGCGAUGUUAGACGAGGAGCUGCUUAAAAUGGAAGAAGAUUGUUUCCAAUGUCUUCAGCCGAUGAUGGAGAGGCUUUUAGUGACUUUCGAAGUUGAGUCAAGGGAGGGAUAUUACUUGACCAACAUUGCAACUGGCGAAUGUCCCACUUGCUUGGAUUAUAUUUGGAAUGGACCAUUCCGUGAUGUCUGCAAACAUUGUCACGCCGCCCGAAUAUUUUCGAAAGCGCAGCAGGAGGACCACGAUAAGUUUUCUGAAGAGACGAAGUAUCAAUUAGUCACAUAUUUUAAAAACAAAGAACGGGUCUUACCGGCUGACCAGAAAAAUAAAAAUAUAUAUUUCGGAUCAGUAGAAGAGGCUUAUAAUAAUAUAGUAGAGCUUUACAUGUCUCAAGGGGAUAGGAUUUUUUAUCCCUCAGUUUUGCAGUCUACCAUGUGUAUGGAUCCUUUCCGUCCUUCAGAACUGAAUCAGAGACGGAUACCCAACACAGGAGCGCCUCCUAAGCUUCCUGCAAAGCCUCGUAAAGCAAAUCGGAUAUUAGCAACUCAAAAUGUUCAAAAUACUAUUAACGACUUACCGUCAUCUGUACGGAAACGUCAAACGCAAAGUAUCCGAAAUUCGAAGCGAGGACUAACA